AAAGAAGUGGGCGUACAGGAAACGGAAAUACGUCAUAUUUCAUCCAGCCUCUCCAGUUGUGUAUUUUCUAUGGCAGACAGUUAUAUGGAAACUAACAUGCACCACUGUCUUCUAAAACAUCAAGAGAUUUGUUUGUCUACAUAUUUUGUGAGUGGAUACCACAAAUGUGGCCUCUGUCACUCCACCCGUGUUUCUGAGUGACAAGGGCGCGUUUGAUUACAUUUUCACUGCAUGAAAAUUUAACGUGAGCUAUCACUAGUCAAAAUGGCGGAUAACGACGACGAGAGCAAUAACAUGUCAAACGACACAGUAGCCGAAGACAGUAAUAACAGCUUGCAAGUUCAGUGUGUAUCCGAGUUGCCACAGUCGACUGUGUCUGUUACCAAUUUAGGCAGUCAUGUCACAGUAAGUAACCAGUGUGUUGUAGCGGCGAAUGUAGCUGGAGAGGCGACCAACACGGACGGCUUAGCUGAUUUUUUCCACAGUACAGAGGAACCAUCCAAGGAAGAAAAAGAUUGUCAAGUGGUCACCCAGUUCGUGGACAACGGUGGUUUGGCUGAACAGAAUGUAACGUCCUUCAUCCCUAAAGCUGAAAAUUUUGAAGCAGCAGUAUCUACAGAAUGCACAGCAGUUACCACGGAAUUUGUGAACACUAUUACGCCAACCACCACUAUAAUUUACGUCCAACCUGAUGGUAGUUUUGUGGAGGGCUCUGGGUUGACGGAAGAGGAACAGAAGCAGUUAGUCGAACAACUUGCAAAACAGCAGCUUGUUCAGGUAUCGGAAAGUGAAGCUGCUCGUAUAUUAGAACAGAGCCAGGCCCACAAACCACAACCUGCUGCUCCACAGCAUCAUCAUACCGGAUCCCUAGUGCCAGUUGAUCUGCAGCAAGUGAUAGACCAUGUCAACAAAUCACCACAGACUCUGUCUCAUGUGAUUUCACCCAAAGUACUGCCGAGAGUCAUGAGUGAGCAACCUACGUCUUACAUCACUCUCGAUGCAGGCACCCUGUUAGCUAGUGCUGGGCAAGUGAGUAUGGCAGCACGCCCACAGCCCCUCACCAUCGUUCAGAAUGCUUCUCAACGGCUGCAGAGCGUCGCUAAGCACGUUGCUCUCCAACAAUCUCAGAACGGCACCCGGCUCAUUCAGCAGAAGCAGCCUGUGGAAAUGAUCCGCAUCCAGGUGCAGGGGCCUCAGAAAAUGGAGACCAAGGAGCAGACAGUCACACUCCUCCAGUCCAAACCUAUGGCUGUGACUCCCAUCCGGGGGAAAGUCACCACGGCCUCAGUUGUCGGCAGCCCGCAUGUCAUUCACAUCACACCUCUGCCCGGCCAGCAGCAGUACAUCCUGCAGAAUCCCGGCGAACCGCCCAUUCAGCUGCUCCUGCAGCGGCCGGCACCGGUGGUCACAAGCUCGGCCCCUGUGCUGCACAAACCUCUCGUCCAGAUACCCGUCAAUGGCUCACCUGUACGCCCACCUGCACCCAAAGUCACCCCUCUGGUCGUGCCCACAGCCAAAGUCACACCUGUUCCUACCACACGGGCACCCGUUGCCAAACCCGCUUCUGCCCCAGCGCCCACUGCCCCUGCAGGGGAAAAGGAGAAAGAGAGGCCACGCGGAAGGAAACGGGCCAAGAAGCCCCAGAAGAUCCAGACCCGGUCUGGCAGGGUGUCCCGUCCACCAAAGCACAAAGUGCGGGACUACAAAUUCAUCAAGACGGAGGACCUGGCAGACAGCCACCAGUCCGACUCGGACGACUACUCCGAGAUUAGCGUGGAGGACGAGGAAGAAGACGGCAAGAAGAAGGGUGUGGAUGUCAACUUCAACCUCACACCAAAGGCCUUCAAGUGCGAGACCUGUGAGAAGUGCUACGUAGGGCUGGGUGGCCUGUCCAGACACUACAAACUAAACCCCUCUCAUGGCACUAGCCCUGCACCCAGCCAGGCCACCGGGGGUGCACCAGCACCCGCCAGUGCCACAACAGCAGCAACUUCAGUGAAGGCUGAGGCCGUGUCUGGCGGGCUGCAGCCGCCGCAGCAGCGAGGCCCGGGAAGGCCCAGAGGGCCCGGCAGACCAGGGAGACCCCGCCUUGUCGGACGGCCUCCCAAAAGAGGCCGGCCUGGUCGCCCCCCUAAGAUUCAGCCGCCAAACAUCGCAGAGCAGCAAGCACAGAGACGCAAGGCACGGCUAAAAGAGGCUUUGGAGCAGUGCAGUGAUGAGGACCUGAUGGAGGUUGUGUUCCCACGGCUCACGAAGGUCAUGACCGCAUGGGAGUUUAUUCUGAUGAAGGUGGAGACGGGGCGGACGACCAAGUCCCAGUUCGCCGAAGUGUACCGCGAGUUUGAGCAGCUUCAUGGCCAGGUGAAGAAGAUGGCCCAGCAUCAUCCAUCUGGCCAGACUCUGGAAGUGCACAAUAUGGAGGUGUUAAGGUCCCUCGGCAUCACGGAUCGUCCCAGUCUGGCGAAACCUCUCGUCCCUGCCCCGACACCACCCGCCACCACCACGGGUCCUCAAGAGGCCGUGGCCAGUAAGAACAUCAGACACAUGGAGAAUACUAAAAUGCUGCCACCAGCCAAAAGGUUCAAAAUGGAGAACACUAAUGGCUUUCAAAUCAGCCAAAAUGGUCUUCAGAAGCCCCUGGUGGAGGAGGCGUCCAAAAAGGAGGCGACUGCUGUGCAGGCUGGCACUGCUGCACUGCUGAAGGAGCCCCAGGCCCAGACCCAGCCUCAAACCCAAGCUCAGCCCCAGGCCCAGGCCCAGCCCCAAGCUCAGCCCCAGCCCCAGGCCCAGCCCCAAGCCCAGCCCCAAGCCCAGCCCCAAGCCCAGGCCCAUCCCCAGGCCCAUCCCCAAGCCCAGCCCCAGCCCCAGCCCCAGCCCCAGCCCCAGAUAGGGGGUUCUGUCCCGGACUCUAGCACAGCGCCGGCUGCCCCAGUGGCUGCUGUAGCUGAGCCCAUGGAGACAGAGACUGGAGCCGUCCCCAUGGAGACGGAGACUGGAUCCAACCCCCUGGAGCCUCAGGGGGCCAUGGAGCUGGUGGAGUCUUCCGGGGGAGAGAUGUCGGAGCUGUCUCAGGACGAGGGCGGUGCAGCCGUGGACGUUGCGGAGCAGAUGCAGGACCUGGAGGAGGCCCUGAGCGGCGAGCCGGUGCAGCCCGACAGCCGCGCAGAGGAACCCGGACUGCAGGUAGAGCGGUGUUGCGGGGAUCAAGUUCAGGAACAGGUGCUAGAUGGCGUCUACAUCCAGGCAGAGGGCGGUGAGCUUCUCAUGCAGCACAACCCGCUGUCAUCGGAGGGUAUCGUAAUCGAAAACGUGCCCGAUGUCGUCACCACCACCACCACCACACACAACCAGGCGCCACAGGGGAGCGCACUAGAGAACGCACUGGCCAUCGAGGCAGACGGCUCAAAAAGCGCAGACGCUAAUGUCGCCGGACUUCAGCACUGA